AUGUCGGUCUCGCGAAACCAAAGCCCAAGCUUUUUUCGUGCGAUUCUUGCGCCGUUCGAGCUCCAUUGUGCGCGAUCUGAUCCUCGUGUUGGCGUCAUCGACCUGCAAUAUCCAUAACUUCCACUUCUCUCCCCUGGCACCUAACCACAACUUUGCUUUUUUCAGUGGUCCAAGAUCGAUCAGUCAUUGAUCUAGACCCGUCGCCAUCUUCUCUGGUCGGACAAGCAUUUAAAAAGUCCGUUCAAACACUUGGUUCUCGGGAAUAAUUCUUAAGUGCCACUACAUCCACAUACUGGCCCAUUCCAACCAGCGUCUCGUGACUCGAGCUGUGAGAACAUAGUCCUGGCCAGCAUCCCUUACUCAGUCCCUCGGGCGUGGACGGUGAUGAGCUGAACGUUGUCGCCUGGAAAGUCGCUUCGCCACCGGAUAUGACCAGCACGGGGCCAAGAUCUGGCCCUGUCGAGGGCCCCUCUGAACACGAAACAGACAGUCGUACGUCCACAGACACGACAGCAGCGACUGGCCAUGCUGGAGAGGUCAAGCACGGGAUCGAUGGGCCGUCUUCUCCGAGCCACGAUGCAGAGAAGUCGUUGGUGACGGGUGAUGGGCCUAACACGACUCCAACACGAGCGAAUUUGGGGACCGCCGGUGACACGACAGGGAGCGAGUCAGAAGUGCCUUCGGCCGCCAAGGAACCCGAGGCUCAGCGCACGAGGCUGGAGACAGCCGUGAUUGUCCUGGCGCUGGCAUCGGGCCUGUUCCUCGCGGCGCUCGACAUGACCAUCAUCACGACGGCCAUUCCGACCAUCUCGGCACAGUUUGAGUCGCCGCUUGGAUACACGUGGAUCGGCAGUGCGUACUUGCUCGCCAACGCAGCAGUUGUACCCUUCUGGGGCAAGAUUUCGGAUAUCUGGGGCCGGAAGCCCAUCAUCCUGGUCGCCGUUGCCAUUUUCUGGAUUGGGUCGCUGUUAUGUGGCCUUAGUGUCAACAUGGGCAUGCUCAUUGGGGCGAGGGCGGUGCAGGGUGCGGGAGGUGGGGGCAUCAUUGUCCUCGUCAACAUCUCGAUCAGUGAUCUCUUCUCUCUCCGGACUCGCGGUGUCUACUAUGGCAUGAUGGGUCUUGUCUGGGCCAUCGCCUCGGCCGUCGGGCCCGUCCUGGGAGGUGUAUUUACUUCCCAAGUAUCUUGGAGAUGGUGCUUCUGGGUCAACCUCCCCAUCUCCGGUGUCGGCUUUAUCGUCCUCUUCUUUGUGCUCAGCCUGCACAACCCGCGGACGUCUCUGAAAGACGGCCUGGCAGCACUCGACUGGUUCGGCAGUCUGUUCAUCAUUGGUGGCACCCUGAUGUUCCUAUUCGGCCUGGAGUUCGGCGGCAUCACAUACCCUUGGAACUCGGCACCAACCAUCUGCCUCCUCGUCUUCGGCAUUGCCACCAUCGGCCUCUUCGUCGCAGUAGAGAAGUGGUAUGCAAAAUACCCCAUCAUCCCCUUGCGGCUGUUCACCGACCGCUCGAACAUUGUCAUCUUCCUCGUCAGCUUCUGCCACGCCGCCGUCUUCAUGUCUGGAAGCUACUGGCUUCCGCUGUACUUCCAGGCGGUCCUGCGAGCCACGUCGUUGCAAUCGGGUCUGUACAUCCUACCGUACAUGGUCGUCUUGUCCAUCUCCUCAAUCUGCUCGGGGGUGUACAUCCGCAAGAGCGGCAAGUACAGCCCCGCCAUCAUCUCCGGCAUGGCCCUCACGACACUCGGCUUUGGGCUGUACAUCGACCUCGACGCCCACUCGUCGUGGGCCAAGAUCGUGCUGUACCAGAUUGUCGCGGGUGUCGGGAUCGGGCCGAACUUCCAGGCUCCCCUGAUCGGGCUACAGUCAACCGUCGAGCCCCGCGACGUCGCCUCGGCCACAAGCACCUUUGCCUUCAUCCGGCAGCUCGCGACCUCGACCUCGGUGGUGAUUGGCGGCGUCCUGUUCCAAAACUCCAUGCAGAACCAGUACCCCAGGCUGCUCGCCGAGCUCGGUCCCGACCUGGCCCAUUCCCUCUCUGGCGGCAACGCCGCCGGCAGCGUCAACCUCGUCGCCUCCCUCGACGGCACGGACGGGGAGAUCGCCCGCGGCGCGUUCGCCCAGAGCCUGCGCAACAUGUACAUCUUCUACACCUGCCUCGCGGCGCUGGGCAUGGCCCUGACGCCGCUCAUCAAGGCCAGGGUCCUGACAAAGGAGCACACGGAGCACAAGACGGGCUUGCAGACGCUGAGGAAGCGUGGCGAUCCCGAGAGCAGCCCUUCUGUGCCGACUCGUGGCGGGGCUGGCGAGGCACCGGAUCCAGAAAAGGCCGAGGGUGGGCUGGCUGCGGAUCCCGUCACCAGGAGCGCAACGGACAAGGAGAUGUCGUGAGAGGAACAACCAAACAAGGCUUGGAUAUCGCGUGCAUGGUGGAUUAAAUCCUAGCAUCCUAACGACCACAUGUUUCUUGCAUAGUAUAGCAUGAUUCAUAUAUU